UCUGAUUGUUUAGACAACAAACACGUGCGGCAAACUUGAAAUAGGUUUUAAUUUUAAUUUAUUUCUGGAGUAUUGCUGAAUUACAAAUCUAUUAAAAUGCCUGGCGAUAAAAAGCAACCAUUGCUUUACAUGGAGGAGUACAGGGUCAAACAGGAUCCCAAGGAUUAUGGCCUGGCUGACGAGGUCUUCAACAUGGAAGUUUUCAAAAACAAACUGCAAGUGGUCAUUGUACGAAACGAUGAGGAAAACGGUUUGGAAUUCGACUUGAUUGGUGUUUAUCCGGCGAUUGCGAAUGCUUUUCGCCGUCUGAUGCUGAGCGAGGUGCCCAGCAUGGCCAUUGAGAAGGUUUACAUUUACAACAACACAUCUAUCAUACAAGACGAGGUUCUGGCACAUCGCAUGGGCCUGUUGCCAUUGCGUGCCGAUCCCCGACUCUUCGCCUAUCGCUCCGAGGAGAGCACAGAGCAGGGCAGCGAGCAGGACACCCUCGAAUAUGAGCUGAAGGUGAAGUGCACACGACGCAAGGAUGCCACCAAGGAACAGUCAAAUUUCGAUGAUAUCUACAAGAAUCACAAGGUGUAUUCGGGUCACCUGAAGUGGCUGCCCAAGGGCAAACAGGGACAAAUCUAUAGUGAGAGCAGCGUGAACUGUAUCCAUGACGAUAUACUCAUUGCCCAACUGAGACCCGGUCACGAGCUUGAUCUCCGUCUGAUCGCAGUCAAGGGCAUUGGCAAGGAUCAUGCCAAGUUCUCACCGGUGGCUACCGCCUUCUAUCGCCUGCUGCCACAGAUUACACUCACCAGGGAAGUCUCUGGCAAGGAUGCCUACCUGUUGCAGAACUGUUUUUCGCCCGGCGUCAUUGGCAUCGAUGAAAACGAAUGUGCCUAUGUGAAGGAUGCACGCUACGACAGCUGCAGCCGCAAUGUCUAUCGCUAUCCACAACUCGCCGAUGCUGUUAUCAUGGCACGUGUCCGCGAUCAUUAUAUAUUCAGUGUGGAAUCGGUGGGCGCCUUGAAGCCCGAGGUGAUCUUUUUGGAGGCAGUCAAAGUGUUGAAGAAAAAGUGUCGCGCUUUCAUAGACGAAAUCGAGGCGAAAUAAUAGGACAAAACGUUUAUUGUAAUUUAGUACGCUGGCAAUGGCCGUCAAUAUAUACUAUAAUAUAUAAAUGUGUAUAAUUUGUUAAUAAAUUUAAGUCGGAUUAAAAUCAAGCUUAAAAUUGA